AUGAAACAAAGAGGAGACCCAAGCAGAGGUCAGCUGAGGGCUCCCAACGACCGUGCCAAACCUGUUUUCCUGGAGGGGAAAGCGGACACAGACCAGCAAGCAGCUCGCUGUCCUCCUCCUGGUACAUUUAACAGAUGCUCAGGAGCAGGAGCUGCGAGUCAGAUCGUGCACAGAACAGGCUGCGCUGGAAUCACAACCAUCUCGGGUCCAGCCAGGAAGAAGCAGCAGGUGAUCAACCAGCUCAUCACAGUGCUGCGUGCUCCGUCUCACGCCGAGUAUGACAAAGAAAGAUCUCCCAUGCCCACGAGCUUGUAA